GGGACAUGUGAGACUUCACUCAGACAAAAAAAUUAAGAUAAUGUAAAUUCUUUUGCUUGGUGAAAUUCACCCGACGAUAGUGCUUUAGGAUUAAUAAACUUUGAAUGGCCCUUGAUUUUUGUGGAUUGACUAAAUCAUACCCGUCAACAGAAGCUUGGUUGUGGUUAUAAUACUUUUUUUUUGUUUUGACAUUUUUCUUUCUUUUUUUUAUUUUAUUUUUUUAGAGAAAUUUAUUAAAUUGCGUAGAACUUCAUCGUUCUACGCAUUUUAAGAUAUUAUUAUCUUGAACAUCUCAAUAGAAAAUCUAAAUGGUGUACUCUGACCGGUAAACCACAAAUAUAAAUAUAUGAAAACUCACCCAAAAUUUAGAAUAUUUAUAAGCAAAUUCAAGUUGUAUUUAGAAUCAUUGAAGCUCAUUAAGAAACCAAAAAUAAAAACUAAAAAUACGAUGGACUAAAAACUUCCCUCGCAUAUUUAUAGUUAAGUGAUCUUCUAUUGUUUGCCCCACUUUUUCUCAGAUUUAUUUCUAUUUUUAAUAUUAUUAUUGCUUUAUUAUUUUUUUUUAUUGAUUCUGUUUAAUGUUGCAAUCCCCUUCUGUUUGAUUGUAAUUAUGUAAAAGCUCUGUUCUAUAAUUUCAAGCCAUGUUUUGUUCUGUAGUGUGUAAAAAAAACUGACCGAUAAAUUACUUUUUUCCCAAUAAACUUUAUUGAACUUUCAAAUCGGUGAAAUGCUUAAGCGGAAGUGACGUAAUCCUUAUACAUGCGCAGAAGGAUUGGCCUGUGCCGCUAGCAGCGAUCAGCUAAACGUUCUCAUUCUAGCAUAAACUCUGUGAAAAAGCGGCCCCUCUUAUACAUAAUCUGCAGAUGUAAUAACGGCCCGCUUAAAAAAAAAAAUGCGUAACAGGAUGUCUAUUAAGUCGAGAAAAUGUAUUUUAGACUGCGAGAGAUACAGGUGCUUGUUCAGCUUCCCCAAAGACGAGCCUACUCGUCGGAAAUGGUGGACGUUUUUAAUCGGGAACACGCCACCGACCAGACUACAAGCUUUUCUGUGUGACUACCACUUCACCGAUGACUGUUUUGAUAACCUUGGCAUGUAUCAAAGUGGAUUGGCCAAGAGACUUCUCCUCAAAGCUGGAGCACUUCCUACAAUCAAACCCGAUGACGAGGGAAGGCCUGGGACGUCUCAAGAUGCUGUACCUGUGGUCAGUCCAUCUGUGAGAUCCAUUGGUGUCCAGACAACCGCCCUUCCGAUGCAGACCAGAACUGUCGCCACACAGUUAUCUGAAGGCACCCUGAGGUGGCUCUUUGACAAAAAAAAAGUCCUCUCCGAGCGUUCUAUGACUGAAGAAGCAAAUCUCUGCGACCAGCCAAUGAUCGUCAAAGUGGAAGAGGAGGAAUGGGAGACUCUACAGAUUAAAGAGGAACAGGAGGAACCAGAACCUCUACAUGUUAAAGAGGACCUUGAGGAACCAGAACCUCUACAGAUUAAAGAGGAACCGGAGGAACCAGAACCUCCACAGAUUAAAGAAGAACUUGAGGUGCUCUGCAUCAGUCAGGAAGAAGAUCAGCUUGAUCUGAAGGAGGAGCCUGAUACGUUGAUCGAGACUUCUAUCUAUGAGGAAAAUGAGCACGAAGAAGCAGAUCUAAGUGAUCAGCAAAGUUUUAAUGUGUCUUAUAGUCAGGACGAAGAAGAAAGGGAGUAUGAAGAAUCAGCAUCAAGUACAGAUGAAGAGACAGACCCACAGACCAGGGAUCAGAGGAAGAGAAUAGACAGAAGUCAUGUCCAAAAUGCAGACAGCGACAGUCCAUUUGAGACUGAUGUUGGAGAGACACAAACUAUUCCCAAAGAAAUUACAGAUACCUAUGUAAACUCUGAUGAAAAUAUAGAAUUUGCUGAUAAUGUUUCUGUCCACAAGAGUACUAAAUCUGAUGAAAGACCUCACAUCUGUGAAGAAUGUGGUAAAAGUUUUGGUUACUGGUCUCAUUUCAGCCUUCACAUGAGAAGCCACACAGGAGAAAAGCCUUUUUCUUGUGAAGAAUGUGGUAAAGGUUUUAGUAAUAAAUCAAGUCUCAAAGAACACAGGAGAAUUCACACAAGAGAAAAGCCUUAUACUUGUACAGAAUGUGCCACAAGUUUUAGUCAUAUAUCAAGUCUCAAAGCACACAUGAGAACUCAUACAGGAGAGAGGCCUUUUUCUUGUACAGAGUGUGCCACAAGUUUUAGUAAAAUAUCUAAUCUCAAAACACACAUUAGGACGCACACAGGAGAGAGGCCCUUUCCUUGUAUAGCAUGUGAUAAAAGUUUUAGUGAAAAAUCUAAUCUCAAAAGACACAUGAGGACUCAUACAGGAGAGAAGCCCUUUUCUUGUAAAGAAUGCAAUGCAAGUUUCUGUCAUAUAUAUAAUCUCAAAAGACACGAGGACUCGCACAAGAGAGGAGCCUUUUUCUUGUAAAGAAUGUGAUAAAGGGUUUUGAUCAAAUAUCUUGUCUCAGAAGACAAGGACUGGACAAGGGUGUUGACAUGUAACACUACAUUAGUAAAGUCUUAAUGCAAUUAAUGAUGCCAAAUGCUCCUGAUACUGAGAAAUGCUGUUUUUUUUUCUCUUUUUAAAUAAUGCAACUGUUUACAGUAGUGACGUCUUCCAGAACUAAUCACUCAGCGCCUUCCCUGACAUUGUUCUUAUACAGUACAUUCAAUGCAUGGAGCUCUUCAAUGAGCACUGGACCCCAGGAAAGGCAGAAGCAGACAGCACAAGGUCCAUUUCCACAUAUAGAGAGCGGAAAGGGUUGAUCAGCCCUUCACCUCAAUUAGUUGCACUUUUUUUUAUUAUGAAUUAUAAUUUAUAGCUCUUCAGCUUUUCAAUGGCAUCUGUCAGUUUAAAGGUAUUGCUAAUAGUGGUACCGCAAUUUUGUUGAUUUUUUUUUUUUUUUUUUAGAGAUUUUGUCAAAAGUUCUUCAAUUUGUGUUGGUUGAUUUUGAAUAUAAUAUUUUAGUAUUAUAAUUUUUUUAUUUGACUUUGUAUUGUUGGCCAUUGUUUAGUUUACGUAUGUGCAUGUCUAUGACAACAAAAUAAAUAUUUUGUAUGCAUCUUUAAUUCUAACAUUAUUUUAUGUGAUCACUGAUCAGUUUGCCAAGUCACGUGUGUGUAUAUUUAUUUUUGCGAGAUUAUUUUCCCAAAAACGUAGUGAGGAAAAGAUGGAUAAAGAAAUACUGUUUUUAAGUGUUGUGUUCAUGUGAUUCCUGUUUAACAGUAGAGUUUUGAACUGAUUCUGUUCUUUUUAGCUUUCAGUUUUCUAUCCCAAUCUUUACUCUGAAGAAUAAAGUGCACGUGAACAUCA